CGUUUUUAGGCAUGAACGCCGAGACCUGCGUUUCAUACAGCGACAUGACAUCCAUGGAUUCAUAUUAUAGCCCCUCUGCAGCGCAAGGUAGGGAUCACCACGCGGACCACUUUAGGACAUUCCCAGCUACUGACACCAAAUACAGCCCCACCGCCUUCCUGCCCAACAAAGGUCAGGCUUACGGAGAAAAGUCCCGGAGCCCCUUCCAGCAGGAGUGCCAGUCAUUGGAUGCCGCCGCAGCUGGGCAAGGCACUUUCAGCAAAUACCACCUCUUCAUGCAGAGGUCUUCUUGCAAAACACCCCCCGAGGAGGGCAAACUGCACCAGGAGAGCGGACACAACGGAGCGCUCGUCCCGUGUUAUGGUAAAGACAGUUCAGGCUUGACAGACUCAGACUUGGCUCCAGACUCCGACCCACCUGGGAUGGACACCAGCUACCUGGCUGUGAAGGAUCAGGGCGUGAAGGUUGCCUCUGAUAGGCCACCGGGCACAGACUUGUCGAGCCCUCUGGACAAGGGCGAUGGGGGCGAAAGCAACAAGGGCAAGAAGAGGCGCAACCGCACAACCUUUACAAGCUACCAGCUGGAGGAACUGGAGAAGGUUUUCCAGAAGACGCACUAUCCUGAUGUUUAUGCCCGGGAGCAGCUGGCGCUGAGGACUGACUUGACGGAAGCUCGUGUGCAGGUGUGGUUCCAGAACCGACGGGCAAAGUGGAGGAAAAGGGAGCGUUUUGGUCAAAUGCAGCAGGUCCGGACACAUUUCUCGACUGCAUAUGAGCUGCCGCUUCUGACGCGUCCUGAGAACUAUGCACAGAUUCAGAACCCCUCCUGGAUCGGCAGCAGCAGCGCAGCGUCUCCUGUGCCGGGCUGCGUCGUGUCCUGCGACACCGUGACGCCCUGCAUGACACCUCACCCCCACUCUGCCAGCGGGGUGUCUGAUUUUCUCGGCGUGCCGAGCCCUGGCGGCCACAUGGGACAGGCUCACAUGGGCAGCCUGUUCGGAGGAUCUCCCGGCAUGCCUACGGGCAUGAACACGUACGAUCUAAACAUGGACCCUGACCGCAAGUCCUCCAGUAUCGCCGCCUUGCGCAUGAAGGCCAAGGAGCACAGUGCAGCCAUAUCUUGGGCCACAUGAUGUGCUGAUACCUGCUGGAUGGGGGACCUUGUCGGCCCCCCGAGAUGUCUGCAAACACCCCAGCGUGGGGUGAGGGAGGACUAGACUGGAAAACUCUAAAGGCAACAGUGACUACCUUCAUAAAUGUUGCAAUAAAAAUAAUUAUGUAAAUAAACGGAUGGGUGAGGAUUAAUGGAGGAGAAAACAACGAGAGAUCUUGCAAAAGAUAAGUGAUGUGACACCGCCAUGUUUCUCAACCCCACUGGUGGGAGGGUGAGCUCUGUGGAGAGCUGGUGGGAGGCGAUGCUGUACUGUAUUAGAUGUGUUGCAGUGUAGAAGUGAUGAUAGGAAAGGAAAAUGUUAGGAAAAGGUUAAUAAUUUCAAACAAAUCCAUGCACUUAUUUGAUAAAAAAACAAAACCAAACCAAAAACAGGAGAUUUUGUUUGUACAGUGCUUUCAGUGUCAUAGUUUUCUGUUCAGGUGCUGUUUUAUUCCUACCUUAUUAUUUAAAUUUUGAGUGUUUUUUUUGUUUGUUUGUUUGUUUUUUUGUCAUUUUUGUUAUGCAAGCAUCCUUAAAA